GACAUACUGUCGGACCAUGAAAUAAUCUUCGCAGUUCUGAACAAAUCUUAGUCUCGCGACGUCUUCCUUUCAGAAGAGACACCAAAUAAAACAGAUUAAAUUCCAAGAAAUAUUUAGUUGUUCUUGAAACCCAAAGAAUCAAAAUGAAAUUAUCCCAACUUGUGGGUAUGCUGGUACUCUGGUUCGUAGCGUUUACGUGGUCAACCUCCCAUGCCCAGUCGGUUUGUUUAGCCGGAGAUCCAAACCGGUGCCCUGAUCAUGGUGGGUGUUCCGGCUUGUCAUUGAACGGCGGGCCGUUGUGUAAUCGGACAUCGCAGUGCUGUCAAUGCGUGCAAAAUCAGUGUCAAGAUGUUACUGAUUGUAACUGGAUGUCAUGCACGGGGGGAGAAACGGCCAGCUGUAUCCUGAAAAGGGUGGGCAGGGAAUGCGUCUGCACCGGUGAUAAUUACUGUACCACAAAUGGAACUCAGGCCUGCCCAAGUGAUAAAUUUCCUCGCAAUGCCGUCUCAAACUAUGAAAGACUUUGCCAUCGUAACCGAUCCCGAAUUGUGACACUCUGCAAGGCCGAUCGAUACAGGGAAGAAUGCAAUUGUGUCGCGGGGGGACUUAUACGUCUGUGUUCAGUUAAUGAGGAUUGUACAUGCGGCGAUGAAGAAAUGACACGCCAUUGUGAUACACUUUUCGGUAGAUGUUCAUGCUAUGCCACGUGCGAAACUGACGCAACAUGCACAGCUCGGCGUAAAUGUGGACCAGGCGCACAAAGCAAGUGCAUUUUGGGAGGAUGGUUUGGUACGCAAUGCACUCCUUGUAGGUUUCAGUGCAAUUCGGAUUCUGCGUGCUCCAGGGUUAACUGCACAGCAAACACGCCAUUCAGAAAAUGUGAGAACAACAUCUGUGCUUGUCGCGAGUGCACUGCGAACUCGGACUGUUCCCACAAAAUCUGUCCAGCAAGAAAGCCCUAUAAAGAGUGUACCUCAAACGUUUGCGGGUGUUUCGAGUGCCAGGAAACUAGUCAGUGUCCUGAAUGCAAUGGAGACUUAAGGAAAUUGUGUUCGCGAGGUGGCACUUGCAAGUGCCUGCGUCCAAACGGAAAAUUAUCAAAAUUUUACGAAAUUGGAAAAAUAUUAGAGAGGAAAUUUUUUCGGAUGGCAAGUUUUUGACGACGACGAGAGUAAGCAGUGGAUCUCCCCAAUUGAAACGUAGGCUACAGUAACUUUUUUACAAUCACGUACUCCUGCUUAACCUCCCUAUUUAAUUCCAUAACAUUUAUUUUCCUAAUUCUUAGAGCACACUGAAUAACAGUUUGAUUGUUUAAUUGCACCGCUAAAUUUGAUUUACCCCAUUAGAUAUCUCUCUGUUCAAUUAACAACUAAUGAUUUGUUUGAAAUAAAUUAAUGCACUAUUGGUUUCUUAAGUCUAAGUGUGUAAUUAAUUUAAGGAGUCAAUUCUAUAAGGAAAUUAACAUUUAACCUUAAACAGGUCCCGGAUCCUACCCAUAAACCAAACAUUCUAAAAACUUCAUGUCAUGAAUAUUUGUUAGAACUUUUUUUCCCUUAAUGUUUGUCCUCCGUAAUUUGCGAUCCAAUCUUCGACAUAUCUUGAAAGUUGGAAAUCAAGGCCUGCCGUUAAUUUAACACACGUUUACAAUCUAAAAAAUAUUUGUUUAUUAAAGUGACGGCCGAAUAUCAAACGGAAAGCGUAUAUGCUGCGAUAGACAGUUGGUCGUCUGGACAUCGGGCCUGUAUUAAGGCCAGCUGUGGCAAUUUCGAAAGGUAAAUUUAGUAUAAUAUUACCAGAUAGUUUGUUUAUCCCAUACACAAAGAAACUAAUAAAUUUCUCAAAUCGUUUCAAAGAAA